AUGGGUCCCGAACAGUUCGAUAUUUUGCACAGACUGGUGGAAAAGGACCUAACAAAGGCUCACUUGUGCAGAGAGCCAAUAUCUUCAGCAGAGAGGUUGGCAUUUACACUGAGGUAUCUCUCGUCUGGAAUAGACUUCAAAGAUGUUGCAAUGGCCUAUAGGGUUGGUAUAGAAACAGCUCGAGAGGCCAUUCAUUUAACCUGCGGUGUCCUGUGGGAGAAACUUAAGGACUUGUACAUGAAGCCACCAAGUCCGACAGAAUGGGCAGAGAUCUCAAGGGGUUUUGCAGAGCGAUGGCAGUUCCGCAACUGCAUUGGGGAUGUCGAUGGAAAGCAUGUCAGGAUUGUAGCACCCAAGCGCACUGGCUCCCUGUACUACAACUAUAAGGGCACGUUUUCUGUAGUGUUGAUGGCUGUUGUGGACAGCCGUUACAGAUUCGUGCUCAUCGACGUUGGAGCAGAAGGCCGUCAGAGUGAUUCCGGCGUCUUCAAAGCAUCGCCAAUUGGACACCAUCUUGAGAGUGGAACAUUGGGCAUUCCAGGGAUUAAAAAGUUGCCCAACAGUGACCUCCUGGUGCCUCAUGUGUUCAUCGGUGAUGAGGCGUUUCAGCUUCGACGUGACUUCUUGAGGCCUUAUUCAGGUCUUAAUCAGCCAACAGAAAGGAGGGCGUUCAACCUUCGACUGAGCCGUGCAAGGGCAGCAAAGGAUCCGCUGGGUGACGAUCCUCAAUGGUUACACCUCGAAAUGGUUGCGGUACGGAAGACGGGUCGGCGCCACGCAGAGGCCGGGGUUGCGACGCCCAUCUUGAGCGCGAGGCCCAUGGGACUGGUUGUCCGGAAUGUACAAUGGUCCACGUUGCAACAGAACGGUGACGAGGCCUAG